AUGAAUUCUGAUUUCCAACCCUUUCAAGUCUCGCCCGAUGCUCUGGUUGAAGAGUGUCUCACUGAUCCCAGUGAUCAACCAGUGAUACCGCCAAAGUCCGUUAAGAUUGUCGAUGCUGAUGAGUCUUUUUUGUUCAAGAGUCCGGAGGUCCUGGGUCAGGCGUUGGGCUGUCGACCCGAUCAGCGUCUCAAGACCCUCGCCAUCGUGGGCAACACCGGCGACGGCAAGUCGCACACACUGAACUACGCCUUCUGCGGCGGCGCAAGUCGAGGCAAGACCGGGGAGGUCUUCAUCACGUCUGCGUCUCCGUCCACCUGCACUCUGGGCGUCUGGGCUGCCUACGAACCGGAACGCAACUACCUCCUGCUUGACACCGAAGGUUUGCUGGGCGCCUCGUCGAAUCCCAACAAACAGCGACGUCUGUUGCUGAAGGUGUUCGCAGUCGCCGACGUCGUCGUCUACCGUACAAUGUCGGACCGCCUGCACAACGACAUGUUCAUCUUUCUGGCCGACGCCAGCGACGCCUUCGCCAACCACUUUCAGCCCCAACUGGAGUCCCUGGCCCAGCAAAGCGACCUCCCUUGGUCCACACGUCAGCUGGGUCCCGCUGUGGUCAUCUUCCAGGAGACCCGCCACACGGAGCCUCUCGAAGACGACUCGUGCCUCCUCUUGAACAAUGCAGAAAGCAAAUGCACGUGCCAUCGUUCGGCCUUUCUGAAUGAGAGGUUUGCCGCCAUCCACCGCAACGCCGAUGCAUUUUCCACAAUUCGCUAUGUCGGUGUCCGGACCACGAAGAAACCCACGAACUUCACCCCAUUCAUAACCCUGGUUGAUGACUUGAUGCGGGACACGACCGUGCGAGCUCCGCGCCUCCUCUCGCACAUAUUCCGAGCCUUCGUUUCGCUAAACAACCACUUCUUGGAUGACCUUCCCGGCGCGGAGGCUGCAGUGACCUUUGUGCAGGAGUUCUUCACGUGUCCGGCCAAGUGCACCGUGUGCAAUGCCCGCUGCCAACUCGGCGUCAACCACACCGCCGACGGCCUCGCUCACCAGUCGCGAACAGACCUCGGCGAUGGCUGUCAGUACUCGGCGACGCUGCAGAACAAGGUCUACUACUGCAAGAAGUGCUACGCCUCCGGCAAGUCAGUCCUACUGGUGCCCAAGUCAAUGGAGGAAUCCGAGAACGCGGUGACGGGUAUCGUCAAGUACCUGUGGUCCGGCUACCUUCUGAGAUGUCCUCACCACGGGGUCAUCUACCGAAGCCGGGCGUUCUGGUCCGGCAACCCGCCUCCCGAAAAUACGCCCGACAUUCACUGGCAGGUGGUCCACCUCUGGCCAGGAGAAACUUCCCUGUUGCAGGGUGCCCAUCCGUUCGGUCAACUUGUCGUGGACGGUCUAACCACGGUCUCGAACCAGGUGUCUCAGUUGACAGGCCCGUCCACCCGGCUAAUCAGCGAUCUCAUCGCGGACAGCGUGGCCCCCGUGUACUGGCAGCCGAAUUCACAGAUCAAGAAUUGUGCGUGCUGUGGCUUCGUGUUCCCUACCUCCUCUUCGUCCUCGUCCUCAUCCUCCAACUACUCCGGCGUGGAGCAGCCUCCUGCUGCGACGGCGGGGGGUAAGUCUGAAGGCUCGGUGGAGGUGUCGCCAUCUGACGACGCAGCCAAGCACCACUGUCGGGCGUGUGGCCGCGGCGUUUGUGACAGCUGCUCCAAGAAACGAAUUCCUGUCCCUGAUCGGGGAUUCACAGAGGAGCCUGUGCGUGUCUGUGAUCGAUGCUUUAAUCAAAGGAACCAAUCCAAAGGCGGCGUCACUCUUACCCAAUCGCGUCAUUCCGCAAACUCCGAAGUGGUAGUUGGCUCUAACACCCCCAGCCGUCGGGUCUUAGAGAUGCUCUCGGCCACCGCCGGAUACAUCUCCCCCGUUUUCAGCGCGCCAAAGGAACUAGUCAAGUCGGCAGUUCGGCCGGAGUACUGGCAGCCGGACGAGGAGUGCGUCCGCUGUCCCAUCUGUAAUGCCGCCUUCGGCGCCCGCCUCGCCAUCCACCACUGCCGCGCGUGCGGCCUCGGGGUGUGCGGCAACUGCUCCAAGAACCGCCGUCCAGUUCCUCGACGCGGCCUUGACUGGCCCAAUCGCGUCUGUGACGCCUGUUUCCGUGGCAACGAGAGCGCACCCGCCGCCGCCGCAGCAACACCCUCUCGUCACUCAUAA